AAAUAUCCACCGUGCUGGUCUGACAGACUCUGAGAUGACAAUAGGGAGAAUGGAGAACGUGGAGGUCUUCACUUCUGAGGGCAAAGGCAGGGGUCUGAAGGCCACCAAGGAGUUCUGGGCUGCAGAUGUCAUCUUUGCCGAGCGGGCUUAUUCUGCAGUGGUUUUUGACAGCCUCGUUAACUUUGUGUGCCACACCUGCUUCAAGAGGCAGGAGAAGCUCCAUCGCUGUGGGCAGUGCAAGUUUGCCCAUUACUGUGACCGCACCUGCCAGAAGGACGCUUGGCUGAACCACAAGAACGAGUGUUCGGCCAUCAAGAGAUACGGGAAGGUGCCCAAUGAGAACAUCAGGCUGGCAGCGCGCAUCAUGUGGCGGGUGGAGAGAGAGGGCACCGGGCUCACGGAGGGCUGCCUCGUCUCCGUGGAUGACUUGCAGAACCACGUGGAGCACUUUGGGGAGGAGGAGCAGAAGGAGCUGCGGGUGGACGUGGACACAUUCUUGCAGUACUGGCGGCCCCAGAGCCAGCAGUUCAGCAUGCAGUACAUCUCGCACAUCUUCGGAGUGAUUAACUGCAACGGCUUCACUCUCAGUGACCAGAGAGGCCUGCAAGCAGUGGGCGUGGGCAUCUUCCCCAACCUGGGCCUGGUGAACCAUGACUGUUGGCCCAACUGCACUGUCAUAUUUAACAAUGGCAAUCAUGAGGCAGUGAAAGCCAUGUUUCACACCCAGAUGAGAAUUGAGCUCCGGGCCCUGGGCAAGAUCUCAGAAGGAGAGGAGCUGACCGUGUCCUACAUCGACUUCCUCAAUGUCAGUGAAGAGCGCAAGAAGCAGCUGAAGAAGCAGUACUACUUUGACUGCACGUGUGAGCACUGCCAGAAAAAGCUGAAGGACGAUCUCUUCCUGGGGGUGAAAGCCGACCCGAAGCCCUCUCAGGAAGUGGUGAAGGAGAUGAUACAAUUCUCCAAGGAUACACUGGAGAAAAUAGACAAGGCUCGCUCUGAGGGUUUGUAUCAUGAGGUUGUAAAAUUAUGCCGGGAGUGCCUGCAGAAGCAGGAGCCAGUAUUUGCUGACACCAACCUCUACAUGCUGCGGAUACUGAGCAUUGUUUCGGAGGUCCUCUCCUAUCUCCAGGCCUUUGAAGAGGCCUCAGACUAUGCCAGGAGGAUGGUGGAUGGCUACAUGAAGCUCUACCACCCCAACAAUGCCCAACUGGGCAUGGCGGUGAUGCGGGCAGGGCUGACCAACUGGCAUGCUGGUAACAUUGAGGUGGGGCAUGGGAUGAUCUGCAAGGCCUAUGCCAUUCUCCUGGUGACACAUGGACCCUCGCACCCCAUCACCAAGGACUUAGAGGCCAUGCGGGUGCAGACAGAGAUGGAGCUGCGCAUGUUCCGCCAGAACGAGUUCAUGUACCACAAGAUGCGCGAGGCUGCCCUGAACAACCAGCCCAUGCAGGUCAUGGCCGAGCCCAGCAGUGAGCCAGCUCCGGCUCUGUUCCAUAAGAAGCAAUGAGGACCUGCCUGGUGGGGGAGGGGCAGCGUGGCGGGGAACUGGAGAGAGAUUCUGGAGGUGGUGGGUCUAGCGGAGACCCUUAAUGAGGAAGUUGAGGUAAUGCUCAACCUUGUUGCUGUGGGAAUGUUCUUCCCUGUGUUCCCCGGCAUCAUUUUGGUUCAAUUCAACUGAAUUCACUUCAAGUUAACUCUGUCCCAGGCCAGCCCAACUCCUCCUACAAAUAUUUAUUGGAUGCUAGCCCCUAGCACCUGAUAGAAGAGCUUCAAAUGUAGUUGGGUGGGGAAGCAAAAUGUAAACAAACAUUUAAAGCACAGUGUAAUCAAAUGCAGUGGUGAACUAUACGGAGGGGGGUGCAGAGGCCGGCGUGUGUCUGGGGUGUGCGCAUAUGCACAUGGAUAUCAUGGAGGGGGUGACGUCUGAGCUGAGGGUGGCAGGUGCCUGGAGUCUCAGGUGGGUGCUCCCCCAUCUGUGCAGGUGUCUGUGGGGCUGCUGGUCUCACCUGGGGUCUGGAAUAUUCAGAUCUGGCCGACUAGGAUGGGUGGUGUCCAGUUUCCUCAGGCUGGUGUGGUGUGAUGAAGGCGGGGCUAUGUCUGGGCCAUUUAGGUUCUACUCGGAGAACGGAAGCUUCUUCAGAAUGUGCAUAUGCAGAGAGAGGCAAGGGCCUUGCCCAAACCACCUGAGGCUUCCAUUAACAUCUGGGUUCCAAGUACAGUUCUAGUAAUAUUUCUGGAACACACAGAGAGGGAAUGUUCCCUUCCCCACUUUCAUCACCAAGCCUUGUGGCUCCCUGGGAGGUGGGGGCUACUUGGACGACAUCUGAGAUUUUUCUGUCCAUUUGCCUAGUAGGAUGGAAAAGGUCUUUUCACGGUGAAGCUGAUAGAGAAACUUGGAAACACAGAUACCUGGUGAUCAUGGGUCCAGCAGAAUUGGUUACAUGUGCCUGGGUGGUCUUUACCAGCUCAGACUUUGUUAUGGUCCCCAAUGAAGCUCCAGUCUCAGUACUAAAUCAUUGUUCCUUUUCCUUGCUCAAUUUCUUUCUCUGUUCAUCCCUGGGGGCUUCUGCUCUUCUCACCAGAGGGAGUACUCUAAUCUGGACUCCUCCACGCCUGGGUUGGGAUGUCUCAGAAAAUGACUUAUCCUCGUCUCCUGGGAGGCUUCGUGAUUUCCAUCUGAGAAGUGAGGGUCUUGGGAAUCAACCAGUCCCAAGUUUGGCCUGUUACCCUGUUAUCUUCUGAGAUCCCACAUUUCUCACCAGUGUUUUGGGAGAUCCAGGAACAAAGUUGUUCAGUUGGGGGUGUCACCAAGAGUUCUACAUGACCUGGGGCUACCGCUGACUGUAGAGCUCUGCCUAGUGUCUUGAAGUCAAGCGAUCCCAGCAGGUCCCAUAUUUGUUAUCUCUGCCUGAAACCUUAGCCCCUUCAUCUUCACCCUUUUAUCCCCAGAAUGACCCACCGUCUCCCUCUGAACCCUGUCCGGUGGCUGAAAACUCUGCAAAUGGGCCACCUUUUCACAGAAUACAUGUACCUGACAUUUGGGUCUUCUUUGGGGACACUCUCCUUUCUAGAAGGUUUUUACAGAAAGACUGACAGUCUGUCAAGCCCCCAUAUCACAGGCUUAGGGACAGCACUGACAUUUUCUCAGGGCUCUAACUGGCACUUUCAAAAUAUUACUUUUCCACCCUCAUAUAAAACCUCCCAGGAAAACCUUCUUCCCUUCUUUGUCAUUGUCGUCUGACCAGCCACUAGUCAUUUCCCCAUAUUCAUGGUCGUUUUUUCCAUCUCAUCUUCCAAAAUUGAUCUUCAACAAACUGUGCUCUGUGUUUAUGCACCUCCUUCCCUCUCAGACCUCAGAGGUGUGAGUCCCUCUCCCCCUCCAUAGCUGACUCUCCACCUGGGCUCUGGGCCCCUUCCCUCCCGUGGCCCCCAGACUUUGCUUCAUCCAUUAUUGCUUCUUCAUCCCAGAUCCUUGACAUUUCUCCACCCACUGCCGUCUUAAGUGCAAUCAAUAAAAAUGGUGGGGACUCUUGGGUCAUAAUCUUCAAAGCUGAAUACUUUUUUUAGUUGUAUAAUUAUUAUCUGUCUUUUCUCACCUUCCAUUUCUUCUUGGCUCCACUGCAGACUGGCUCCCACUCCCAUUUCUCCACUAAACUGGCUCUUACCAAGAUCAGCUCUAGUGGGUACUUAUUAGUCCUUAUAUUUUUUGGCCUCUCUGCAUCAGUCGACACACCCAGCCCUUGAUUUUGGUGACCCCACUUCCUUGUGACGAUCCUCUGAAGUGGUUUCUCAGGCUCCUUCACUGGCCCUGUUUCUCUACCUGCCCCUGGUGUGUUGGCAUUUUGCGGAGUUGGUUUUGACCUUGGUUCAUUCUCUCCUCACUCUGCACACACCCCCUGCAUGAGCUUAGGCAGACUUUUUGUUUAAUGACAACCUUGAGGCUGAUGAUUUUUAAGUCUAUUCUCUGACCUUGCACUUGAACUCCAGCCCCUCACCCUCCUCUCCGAUGUUUGCAGGCUCAGCAAACUUGGCAUGUCCAAAAUGAAACUCUUUCUCUUUCCUUUCUCCCCUCCCCACAUUUGUUCCUCCUCAGAACACCACCCAGGCAGAUCACCUCCUCCAUCAGAUUGUGAGCUCUUGGAGGGCGGGGGCUAUUGUGUCCCUCUGUUCAUCAUUUUAUCCCCAGAACCUAGCACAGGUCCUGGAACAUGGUAGGUGCUCAGUAAAUGUGUGUUGAGUAAGUGAAUGAAUGAAUGAACGGAUGAAUGAAUUUGCUUAUCUCAGAGCAAAAGAAACAUGGAACUGUGUAUUUGGAGUUUUUAUGUAACAGCAGUCAGCAAAGCCCAUUAAACACUCUGUGUUUCCAAA